AUGCUACAAAACACCAAUGAAGCCUGGAGCUCACUUCAAGCAGAGACCAGAGUUGAGAUCAAAGAAAGCGUCAGAAAUAAGGAUGUCUAUGUCCUGCAGACUGGCUCAGGUGCUGUCAAUGACAACCUCAUGGAGCUCCUCGUCACAAUAUCCGCAUGCAAGACGGCAAGCGCAAGGAAGGUGACAGCUGUCCUCCCUCUGUUUCCCUAUUCAAGGCAAAGCGAUAUACCCUACAAGAAAGCGGGCGCCCCUCUCUCAAAAACAUCAAACGCAUACAACAAGCCCCCAUUCGAGUGCAACGCCCCAAACCCAAUUUCGAACGGCGUCAGUGGACUGAAUAAAGCCUUGUCUAAGACGCAUCUUGACGACGUAGAGCCCCAACACAACGGGCCUGAACACCUAAAGCGCGCUUCCACCUUGAGACAGCCAACGAGGAGUGACACCGGCGAAUCUACUAAGUCUGACUCAUCGUCGGCGUCAAAGGAAACACCAUUUCAACCAAGGCCCGGUUACAAGCAAUGGGUGGCUCAGUCUGGGACUCUUGUCGCAAACCUCCUCACUUGCGCUGGUGCAGACCAUGUCAUCACCAUGGACUUGCAUGAUCCACAAUACCAAGGGUUUUUCGAUAUUCCAGUCGAUAAUCUCCAUAGUCGACCAAUAUUGAAAAGAUACAUACAACAGAAUAUACCAAAUUACCAGCAAGCUGUCGUUGUCAGCCCAGAUGCUGGAGGAGCGAAAAGAGCGACGGCGAUAGCGGAUGGCUUAGGCAUGCCAUUUGCACUCAUUCACAGAGAACGACGACCCACAAAAAUUACAGACCGGCAAAAUGCGACAAUGCUUUUAGUCGGCGAUGUCGUGAAUCGCACUGUCAUUCUUAUCGACGACCUUGCAGAUACAUCUAAUACCAUCACUCGAGCUGCAAAGCUCCUGAAAAAAGAGGGCGCCAAAGAGGUUUACGCUCUCAUUACGCAUGGAGUCUUAAGCGGGGAUGCAAUCGAACGAAUCAACGCAAGCGCCCUUGACAAGGUCAUUGUCACGAAUAGUGUACCUCAGGAGGAGCAUGAAUUGUCGUGCCCUAAAUUGGAGGUGCUUGACGUGGGUCAUGUAUUUGCUGAGGCGAUUCGUCGCGUGCAUCAUGGCGAGAGCAUCAGUGUGCUUUUCCGGAAUGAUUGA